AUGAUAGCGGGCAACAUUCUUGACCUACCGCCCGAACUCUUGGAGGACAUGCUCUCGAACUUGGACAGUACGAGCGAUCUCCUGCAUCUAGCGUUAUCGUGCAAGGCAUUCUCACAGCUUGUCAUCCCGCAUCACAUAUACACCAGGUCUCUCGACGUACACCCCCGCCAGGUCGCCAUCUUAUCGCUGCUCACCAAUGUGCCAUUAUACAACUCAAGGUUUCAUACCAUACGAAUCACGGAUUCUUCGAUAAGAUAUAACGUACUCAAGAAUCUAGGCAUAUUGAAGCUCACUAAUCAGUUGGAAUCCAACCGCGCCGACGAACUCCCUGCGAUUCUAGCCGUUAUGCUGCCCCAAUUCAUUCAUCUGACCAAGUUUGUGUGGACGGCACAUAUUGCACUACCUGCGGGCCUGAUUUACACCCUGAAGGAUUCGCCCCAGCCGCUCACGGAAUUGGAUAUCCAGUACCAUCUAAACACUGACCACGCUGAGCUCUUAAGCCACAUCGCCGAAUACUUUCCUGGGCUGCGCUCGCUCACAUUGAACCGCAGAUAUGAUACCGGCGGCAGCGUGGUGACGGGCCACAUACCAGACGUCUCGACUCCAAUCUGCGCUGCCAACUGGCCAGACCUAAAAUCUUUCAUCCUAUUCGGGUUUUUCGUAUCAGAUGGGGCUCUGGACGGCUUCUUUCGUCGACAUCCAACGAUCGAACGACUGGGCACGGACAAAGUCCAAAAUGUCACAUACCCAUCAAAUCUUUGUUCCCUCACUAUCAGGGAUAUGACGACCUUGGGCAUUCAACCUACGUCCAUUCAGAACAUACACUAUGCGAAUCUUUCGAUUAAUCCAUGGUCGGGGGGAGUCGCCCUCACAAAGUUCAUUAGGCAGAUGCACAACCUCUCUGUACUGGAAUGCAAUGGGGCCGUUAUAUCUUGGGACCUCCUAAAAACAUUUCCAGCGAACCUUCCAUUCUUGACCAAGCUGAAUUUUGUUGUGAAGAUUGGCGCCGGCAUCACCGUUGAACGUCUUUGCAAUACCGUUAGUGGCCUUCCGAAUUUAACGCACUUUGCUUCUGUGGUACCGAACACAGAAGAACGCCCGCAGCACACCGUGGCCUAUAUCAUCAAUAAGUUGGCCCAGAGAAGUAGAUCGCUGAAGUAUCUACAUGUGGGUCCAGACGGUCGAGACCAUCGACUGAAGCCGUACCUCUACCGUGAUUGGUAUAGAAUUAAACGUGAUGCGGAAGGCGAAUUCGAAGGAGUGCCGGUGAACCCUGCUGACCACGGGGCGCGAGAAAUACUGGUCAGUCAUUGGGAAGAGGAGCUCAUGGCGUACAAACAGAGGGUUGGAAAAGCAGACAACGAUAGCCAGGGCUCAGCCAUCUACCCAUACUCCCAAGCCAAUGAACACACCGAAGACAUCGAAAUCAUCACGUUGAACCACUGCAUGGGCCGCUGCCCCCAUCGGCAAUUGGCUAGUUACCACGGCUCUGCGCAGGCAUUUGAACAUGCACGAUAA